AAGAGUUGAGAGCUAACCUGACGCACAAAUCAACUCAUCGUCCACGAAAUUUGGUGUAAAAUUGUUAUUUAAAAUAGAGACGGCAGCAUGGCAGAAAAAACCAGCAGCGAUGAUGAGUUCCUAGACGCCGUAGGCGAACCAGCCACAGUUUCCAAGCCAGCGUCAAGUCGCGUGCCUGAUGAAAAGGAAAUAGACGAGAUUAUAAAAAAGAAUAGCACGCUUAGUUUGGAGGAUAAUGAAGGUAAUGCUGGCGCCACUGGUGGUACUGUAGAUGACGACAACGCCAAGGAUGCCGAUGACAAUGAAAAACUCGAUCCAGAUGGCGAACUAACUCUUGAGGAGCUGCAAGCUAUUGAACAAAAGUUAAGUCCCGAGGAACUAGAGGCAAACAAAGAGAAGGCAAACAAACUUAAGCUAGAAGGCAAUGAGCUUUUCAAAAACGAGGAGGCGCUUAAAGCUAUUGAAAUAUACACCGAAGCAUUAAACAUUUGUCCCUCAACAAAUAGCAAGGAAAGAGCUGUGCUUUUCGGAAAUAGAGCUGCUGCCAAAAUGAAACUUGAAUCCAAAAAAUCUGCAAUAGACGACUGUUCAAAGGCUAUCGAACUUUACCCCGGGUAUCUGCGUGCAAUAUUAAGGCGCGCUAAGUUAUACGAACAGGAUGACAAACUAGAUGAAGCCAUGUCGGAUUACAAGCGAGUCUAUGAAAUUGAUCCUGGACAGCAAGAUGCGCGGGAGGCUCAGAUACGAUUGCCCCCCUUGAUUAACGAGCGCAACGAGAAACUCAAGAACGAAAUGAUGUCCAGUUUAAAAGACUUGGGCAAUAUGAUAUUAAAGCCGUUCGGUUUGUCCACUUCGAAUUUUCAAAUGCAGCAGGAUCCAAAUUCUGGUUCAUAUUCCAUAAAUUUUAAUCAGAAUCAGAGUUAGUGUCAAGUUGUGAACUAAACUAAUUGAUUUUGUUAAUAAAGUUAUUCGCAAAGCAGAACUCGUG